GCUUAAGAGACCUAAUCAUAACAAAGAUGCUUCACAGGCUCAGCUUUCUUGUUUGUCUUCUUGUGAUUAUUAACACGGUCAGCGCCAGAGAGUUUGUUGUAGGAGGAUCAAAAGGUUGGACUGUUCCCUCAGAUGAUCAACUAUACAAUCAAUGGGCAGAGAAAAGCAGAUUCCAAAUCAGUGACUCUUUGCUGUUUGUCUACCAACAAAACCAAGACUCAGUGCUUCAAGUGACAAGAGAUGCUUACGAUAGCUGCAACACCAAGGAACCCACUGCUAAAUUCACAGACGGACACACUUCCUUCAAGCUUGACCGGUCAGGAACAUACUACUUCAUCAGUGGAAACAAAGACAAUUGUCACAAGAACCAGAAGCUUAUAAUCAUUGUCAUGGCUGAUAGAAGCAGUACAAAUACAACAACCACAUCUUCACCUCCUCCUUCACCUUCAGUAGAAUCAUCACCCUCUCCUACUUACACAGGAACUUUUGAAAUAACCCCGGCGCCUUCACAAGAUACUCCCGGAAACUCAGCUUCACCUUUUGCCUCCUCUGUUCUGCCUUCUGCUUUCAUUGUUACAAUGUUUCUUUCUCUUUUCAGAUAAGUUGGUAAAUUAGUGUGUAUAUGUGUGGUGCUGUUCUUUUCUCUUUUCAGAUAAUGUAAAUGAUACGCAAAA